AUGACAGAGUUAAACCCCGUAGCUCGACAGCCACGUCGAAAUCACUCACUUGUGCAUCAGCGAGUUUCUAGCCUUCAAACCUUCCCAGAACAAAUCCGCGCGCCCAAUAAUACACAAAUCGAGAACAAAGAGAUAGUGGAAGUCCCAAAGCCCACUGAGCUACAGCGAAGUCCUCUACACUCGAAGCACCUUCGUGCCACAGUCCCAGAGAGUAUCCCGCCAUCAAAGAGCCAAAUCAUUCACGGAUGCACCAGAGAGCGUGCUAUUGACAGUGUCAAACGGUGGUUGGAGCCCGUUUCGGGAUCAAAAUUGGGAUCCUGUCAGGAACGACGCUCCCACUCAGACUCGAUCCAAAAUCACUCUGAAGUUACCUACUCUGGCAACAUCCCUAUCCCUCGAAACUGCACAAACUCGGCGCCAGUCGAAGGGGGAACUCGAGAUACCGAAAAGUUUGCUCAGGCACUUGCCAUACCUCUGAUACAAUCUAGUCGGAACGGAGAGGAUCACGGUACUCAUUGCGACGAUUGUUCAUGCUCUCGAUCAGCUACGCCAGAAGAUGCAUCUACAACCUUUACUAUGUUAAGUAGGCAAUCUCUUGUUGAGAAUCCUAUGUAUAGGGCACAUUUAAAGCAGAACGGCAUCGAUUUACUCCCUUCGUACAACCAUUUGCCAGGGAAUAUUUCAGACUUCGUCAAUCAUCUAUGGAAAUAUCGCAACCCGAUAGGGCCAUUGGAAAGUCAAAUACAAUCGGAUAAGCGACUAGCAAAGCUUAGAACGGGUUCCGCAGAGAGCGAGGUCGCAUCAUAUUUCCAGGAACAGCUAUUCCUGGUGUCCGAACAGACAGAUAUCCUAAAGGGAAGCCUCAAGUUGCCAAUGUCUAAGCUUGUUGUCCCAGGCGUCGAUUCAGAAUUGAGGGUUAGCAUCCCAGUCCCUGAUAUUCUCUACGGUUACGACUGGUUAGGCGCUUUCACCGACGAAGAACAAGUCCAACUUAAUUCAAUGGUGAUCCCGGUCUUUGGUAACAAUGACGGCUUGGUAUUUCCCUUCUUCGCAAUAGAGCAAAAGGGGGAUGGUCCAGUCAGUCGAGGGAGCUUAUGGGUUGCAACGAACCAAUGCCUAGGUGCCUCUGCAUCGUGCGUCAACAUAGUUGAGCGAUUUAACCAGCUCCUGAGACAGUGCAACGAUAACAACGACGACAUUAAAGGCGGUAAUAUUGACGUCGGUCUACCCAAUAGCACAUCUUUUAGUAUAGCUAUGAAUGGCUCCGAGGCGCGCCUCUACGUUACCUGGAAGCACGACGAGUUUAAAUACCACACUGCAAUCGUCGAUAGCUUCCUCCUCCAAAGACCCAUGGAUUUCCUCAAAUUCCGCAGGUACGUCCUGAAUAUACUCGACUGGGGCAUGAGUGCACGCCUCACAGCAAUCCGGAACUCGUUGGGCCACCUUCGCGAGGAGAGCAGGAAGAUGGCCUCAAGACGGGCUAAGGCCCGACUGUCGCCUUCGAUGGAGGACCGAGAUAACGGACAGGCUCAAAAACGGCGCAGGGGCUACCGACGAGCCGUUGUGGAUGACACGGAGUCGAGCAUGGAUCCACUGACACUUUAG